AAAGAAAUGCAAAAACACAAAGCGAAGUUGGGUAUUGUUAUGAUUUUGGAAAAGGUACUAUUGAAGAUAGAGAAAAGGCUUUAAUGUGGUAUAUGAAAUCAGCAGAAAAUAGAAACUUUCUUGGUUACAAUAAUCUUGGUUGUUUUUAUCGUAAUGUCAUGGUAAAAAAUAAAAGGCUGGCUUUUGAAUACUGGUACCUCAUAAAAUCUGCUGAAG